AUGUUUAUUCAUCAAUUUAUUUUUUUGUUAUUAUUUAGUUUGUGUUUAGGUCUCUUCAAUCUCCCCUAUUCUCCUCAAAAAGAAAAGUCUCCCUUUUCUUUCAACCUUUUUAAAAACAAAUCAAAACAACAAACAAAUAAUUUGUUGGUCGAAAAUGCUAAAAAAGAUUUUGUUUAUUUAUUCCAACAUCCACGUACUUCGACUAUUGUUGGACAUCCAAAAGCUUUGAAAGUGGAGGCUUGGCUUCGUUGGAGUGGAAUUGAAUAUUUUAACCUUUCUAAUGAGUGGCUGUUGGGUUCACCUGAAGGACUUUCGCCCUUUGCCCAAUUUAAUGGUAGAUACAUUUAUGGAUCUGAAAAUAUAAUCAAAGAAAUGCAAAAAUGGAAAAGAAAAAAUAAUAAAAAACAAAAAAAGAAAAAAUCUCGAAAAACUAAGAAGGCAGAAAAAGAAAUAAAAGGAGAAGAAAUUGUUGAAAAAAAUAUUAGUAUAGCCCCUCUUGAUAAAAAAUCGUAUAAAAACAGUGAGAAAAUUAUAAAUAUGGCUGAAGGCCUGCUUUACGAGUAUUUGUUUUUUAAAUUAAAUAUUAGAGAUCAAGAUUUCAAACAUCCUUGA